CCUUUCUGUUCAGUGAUUGGUCAAUUUAUAGUCAUGGCAAAUAAACCGACCAAUGAGAGGUCACAUUACAGAUUGUAUGUGUGCUGAAUCCAAGAUGGUUGCCGUCGAGAAAAAAGACGCCGGAAACAAGUUUUGGUCAGGUUUGACUUGCGUUACGUUGUGAUUUGAGGUAUAAGAGCGAACCUCACGGACUAGGGAAGAAGAAAGUGAGCUAAAGAGUAGCUUGACAUAUAUUAGAAUGUCUGAAAUCAUAGCACAACACGAGAACCAGUCCUCCGAUGCGGGUGUCUCAUCCGGUGGGACGGCGAAGGGCAAGUCAACACCAAGGACGGACCCAAGUCAGGAAAGAGAAGACCUCUCCGAACGACAUGCAAAUGGUGAACAAGAAUCAUUCGAUGUGAACGUUUUGAACAAAAUGGCGGAACUUCGUGCACAUGAUGAAUGCUUUUCUGUUGAAGAAGACGCCAACAAACGCGUUGGUCUUGACGAAAACAACAGUGGUAAACAAACCACAUGUGAUCCAGAGUCACUUCCGGAUAAGGAAGACCAGGAUACUGUGAAUGAUAGUGGAAGGGACAAAGUUGUCAUGGCUGAAGAAAAGACUUCCAGGCUACUUCAAGAGGCAAUGAAGAACGAUGUAGUCCAUCUGGACGAUCCUGGCAAUUUGAGAAUGGUAAAACAGGAUAAACCAGUUCAAAAUGAUUCUACUGGAACAGAUGAUGUUGACGCAAGAGAAGGAGCGACAUCCAAUCCACACAACAAUGAGUCAUCAGCUAAUGGAAACGUUUGCAACAGAACUGUAAGUCAGAGUUCAGAAGAAGUUGACGAAGCAUUUGCUGCAGACGAGAGCACAAGUGAUGACAACUCACAGCAUAUUGAAGAAGGAAGCAAAGUGGAAGGAGCAACAGCAGAGAGCAAACCUACAACAUUGGAAGGGGCCGCUGCCAGUGAGCCAAAGAGGCCUGACUCCAUCCCCCUAGUGAACAGUAUAGACCUGUACAGGAGACUACACGACCCGUUGUCAGGCAUGAGAACUGAGGGAAGGAAAGAGGAGGAGAGAGGGGCAGCAGGUGGUGCGUGGGGCCUGGCACAGCAGGGGUUCGUGAGCAGGGAGGGGGACAUGGUGUCAUUCGUGGCUACUGACUUAACACAGAAGAUCAAGAAGAGCACCCCAAACAGACAGACCAAUGACCCAGAGUUAGAACUCAUCCUUGGGCAAAAAGAGCACAGUGCAGCUGCAAGCGAGGCUGUAGGCAGUAGAAAAGCCACUGACAUGCCCCCUAUAGACCCUCGAGUGUUGGUGCACCUGGAGAAGCAGGCUAAACAGGUGUCAGAAAGCCUGGAGAUCAUGAUGGGCAACCUGCGGGGAACACUACAUAGUAUGUCGGCCAUUACAGUGGGAUGUAUGCAGACACACAGAGACAUGGUGGAGUCACUAGGAGAUACCACAGAUCUUUGUGUUAAGGCCAUGUACACACUGAUAGCAAGGUGCGAAGAACUCAACAACAGCAUGAAACCAGUACAGGAGAUUGCAGAACAGAUAAAAGACAUCAAGAAGCAACUUGAAGCCUUUGAAGCUCUGUGCAAGUGAUUCUCCAAUUUAUUCAGCCUUAUGUUUGCCUAUACAUGUAUCUACAGGGAUUCAUAAUACCCCAGGGAAUUUCAUAAUACCCCAGGGAAAUGAGAGAAUGGUUUUUAAUAAGUUGUUAGGCCAGGUUAGCCAUAAACUUGAACUUACAGGCCAAAAUGAAAUAUCUAAUUUCAAACCAUGUAUGAAUGUACAUAAUUGUAAGUGGAGUAAAUUAACAAAAA